AUGCGUGCCUUCACCACCAUCGCUGCCGCCCUUCUUGUGGCUGGCGCCCAGGCUGCCCCCGCCCUCGAGAGCCGCCAGGUCAUCUACGGCUGCUACUUCUCUGGUGACGGCAUUGUCGACCAGUACAUCAGCGUCGGUCACGAUGAGGACAUUCCCGGCAAGACCAAGACCUGGCACCUUGACUGCGGUACCACCUCUAGCCAGCUCGUCCCCGGUGUCUUCGCCAAGUGCACCGUCGAUGGAAAGGCUCCUUUCGGCAUCACUGGCCACGACGCUACCAACAUCAACUGCCCUAUUGCUUAA